GAAACACUAACGUUAGAUAGCAUAAGGUACACUGAGUUGUACGAUACCAGGUAAACCACAAUGAAUUGCUGUACUGGAGUUCUUUUGGCUAUCUGCAUAUCUGUGAUUUGCAUAAGCAGUCAAGCUGCCGCAGAUAAAUGCCAGGAAAAGUCGUGUCAUGGCGGUAAAACUUGCAAACAGAUCUGCGUGUCCUCCAAGUCAGUGUGUACAGAGUCCCGGGACGCUGGUCCAUGUUUUGCUGCCUUCCGUCGGUUCUACUACAAUCGCGUGACCAAGUCGUGCGAGGAAUUCAUCUGGGGAGGAUGUCAAGAGAACGGGAACAACUUCGAAACUCGAGCCGAAUGUUUCUUGACAUGUGUCGACUAAAACUAAAGUUGAACAGCAAUGUUAAACAUUUCAACAAAACAUUACAUUUAUUUAUUCCUACAGCUUAACUAGCAUUAAUACAGGCUUAAGGCCCAUCAAUCUGAUGUAAGGCAAAAAGAACGGUGUAAAACAAAAGAGUUAAUUGCUUGUAAUUAUUGAAUCUUUUAAUGGACGAUUUUCGAAUUAGCAAACAUUUUCACCUAGAGAUUAUCUUGAUACUACCAUCAAGACUAUAGGGCAAGGCAGACAUUUAAUAAUAAACGGAAAGAAAUAAGAUUGUUUGAAACAUAUUAUAUUGGACCUCGACAUCCGGUUCUCAAAAUGCUGCUGAAAAGUAAUAGCAGGAUUUUUAACAAAAACUGUUAAUAUGCUUAUCCUCAUCGGUUUUUGAACAUAAUCAGAGAUCUUCUUCUUCUUCUUCUUCUUCUUAUUAUUAUUAUUAUUUUAAAAGCAAAUUAUCACUUUAACCUAUUGUACUAUUAUUGUCUAUCAUUAAAACAUUACUAGUAGUG